AUUUGAAGCAUUUGGUGGCAGCACUUGUGAAGCAGGCGGACAUACGUAGAGAAGACUGAGACUUUGAGUCAGUGACGCUGAGCUGCACAACAACAAGCCUCUCCUUCAGCCUCUUCCACACCAGACCAUCCUGAAUCUACAUCCGUACGAGCUGCAUCUAUCCUUUCUUUUUCUUUCUUCUUUUUCUUUUUUUUUGCACACUGCAAGAGAAGCUCACCGCGAUCCGUCAUGGACUCUGAAAGCAGGCACUGAGACAAGAGAGAGAUGUUGAUGUUUGGGAUGCUCCAUCGCCUCCUCCUGGCUGGGACCUGUCUCUGUGUCUAUGGAACCCCUGUCCGCCUCCCAGACCUCACCCUCACGCAGGAGAGCGAGUGUGACGGGCAGUGUGCCAGCUCAGUAACAACAGUUGGGUCAACGCACACCACAGAUGUGAAGUCAGAACCCUCAGAUACAGAACAUGUGACUGGCCUGAUAUUAAAUGUAGGUGCAGGAGGAGGGGUUGGCCUGCAUGGACGACCCGAAGGGACAGCCUCAGUGACGCAGACGACAGAAAACGGGGACAGUCUUGAUGGAAGAUCUGGGCCGAGUGAUGCUGGUGGAGCGGCAUGGAGCCAAAACAGCGAGGUAAAGAAGGUCGGUAGCACAUCUGAGAUGGGAGACGCUCAAAGGCAGUCGAAGGCAGCUUCAGUGCAGCCUGUUGAUCCAGAGGGUAAAAAGGAGGACGUACCUGUCACCAGUGAGCCUAUUUUAAGUCCUAAAGGUGGGAGGAAGCAGUUGGACAUAGCCGUGAGUACCACAAGGUUGACUUCAGAUGGAUUUCUCACCUCCUCCACUGCACCAGCACAGCUGAGAAUCACAUCCAGGGAGAGCAAACCCCAACGUGGGGAGGAUCGAACAAAACUACCCGGUUAUGGUGAUUCUCUCAAGGAUAAAGACCCAGACACAAGUUUGCCAUCCUCUACAGAAUCCUCAAAUCCUGGAGAACGGAUCCAGAAGCUGACAUCCCACAGUCCCAUCCCUCCUUCAGUUUUCGCCUCCACACCUUUGUCAAUUUGGGGCCAUGAUGGAGCUACAAUAUCCUCCCUCCCAGACCCUCUAUUAGCUGAAAUUGGACCAAACCUGAUGCCCAAAGAGGAUGGACCAGAAAGCCUAUGGACUGAGGCAGCGAGGCCCGGAGGAGUGGACACUGCGGUCCCGCUGUCCCAAGAUGAAGCCACAGAGGGCACCAUGUCAUCAGAGGCUCUUCCUCUCAUCUUUGAGCCUUUUGAAGAUGUCACACCAGAGGGGGCACCGGCCGAAGCGGCGGCAGUGGUCACGCUGGUGCCCGGCAGUGCUCAGCCUCCUGCUGCCAUGGCGACCGGAGGAAUGCCUCUGUCAGAGGUGGACUUGGACCAGCUGGUCACCUUGGAGACAGACAGCGACGGCCCCUCGCACGCUCCGCCCCUGCUGAUGCCAGACUGGAUGUCACCUUGGCAGACGUCUGGCGCUGAGCUGUUGGAGCCAAUCAGUUCCUCGGGUCCGUCUGUUUCACCGCGGCAAGCCGGAACUGAGCCGGAGGAUCACUCUGAGAGAGGUGCUGUGAGGACACAGAACCUCAAGGCGAAUUUGCCCACCGCCGGCCCCUCCUUCUCAUCCUUCCAACAUGCUAGGACAACGGUAACCAUGGCAACCCAUCGGCCGGUGCACAAAUCCAGAUCAGGGUUAGAGGAGAUGGAGUCUGAGGAGGAGGCAGACGAAGACGAGGACGAUGAAAACUCGGAGGAAUCUGUGGAGGAUGAGAGCGAAGAGGACCUAACAGAACCACCUAAAACAUCCUCAACGCAGCCUCCAUACAGCCUCAUCCCUCCACCUCCUGUCUGGGUUCAACGCAACCAGGGCCUGAUGCGGAGCUGGGUCGAGCUGAUCAGAGAAAAGGCGGGUUAUGUGUCUGGGAUGUUGGCCCCCGUGGGCAUUGGCAUCACUGGGGCCCUGCUUAUCGUCGGCGCCCUCUACAGCAUCAGAAUGAUUCACCGCAAAAGGAGGAACAGCUUCAAACACCAGAGGAGGAAGGUCAGGCAACCAGAGCAACCUCGAGAUCCUGGGACCAGCCGUCAGGACCAGGCCAUGCUGCUGGCUGACAGCUCUGAGGAUGAGUUCUGAUAAGACCCUUUUUUGGCUACUUACGUCUGUGACCAAUGGCUGAUGCUCCUGUAAAGGAGGCUCAGCGAAACACCCCCCCAUCGCUAUGACUACCGCAUCUCCAAUCACCCUGGGCUGUUUGGCUAUGACUCAUCUGAUCCACAGUGUGACAUAGUAUAGGGCACAAUUUGCACAGGCUGCACAAAGGUCAGCUUUGUAUCCCCCCCGUUUCUAAAAGUACCAACAUGAGCACUUUUCUGAAUGUUGUCAGGUCAUGUCGACUCUAAUUAUUUGGCAGGGCUGAUGUGAUGCACUUUGACAUAAAAAAAUUACAUUGCUGCUCGUAAAAGCAAGAUGCAUUAGCAGGUUAUUGGCAGGAUGAAACUAUUGCCGGUAUAUUGAGGUUUUGGCUUCGUGGAGUCGAGGGGGAAAGUGUGGACCAGUGGGCUUCUGUCAAGUAAUAAAAAAAGGGCUGUAGAAGAGUUACAUUACAUAAACUAUGUAAAUACCUGUACUGUAUGUAGCUGACUUGGGGUCAGUCAUGUUAGUGUAAAUAAAGUUUUAUUUCUUGGUACACAUCUAAGAUAUUUAAAGAUGAACAUUUUAGUGAAUUGAUUUGCUUUCUUGCCAAGAAAACAUCGACACAUAGCAUAAAGCCUGGGGGAAAUAGCAACCUGGCUCUGUCCAAAGACACCAAAACCUCUGAACCAGAACCUCUGAAAGCUUACUAAUGAACACAUUUGUUUAACUCGUACAAAAAAAUGAAGGAUAAAAAAACUACAAUUUGCUGUUUUACAGGGGUCAUGUGCCAAACUGUUACUUGGUGGGGAGCAUUGACUAUUGAGUCGUUGUUGUUUACCUUAAAACUGCUAACCAAGAUGUAACAGGUUAAUUAAUGAACUUUAAAGACACUGGUUGACAGAUUGUGUUACAUUUGGACAGAGCCAUGCUAGCUCAUCCCCUGUCCGUUUCCAGUCUCUCUGCUAAGCUAAGCUAAGCUAAGCUAAGCUAAGUUAAGCUAAGCUAACUGGCUGUAACGUUUAUUUAUCAGAAAAACACAAGACUGGUAUCUAUCUUCUUGUCUAAAUCUUGGCAAGAAAAAGAAUAAUUUCCUAAAAUGAUGAACUAUUUCCUAAAGCAAGAUUUCCGCACAUUUCAGAAAUCUUUACAUACAAUUUCAUUUGAAUUAAUGCUUCGUUUAAAUGUGAAUUUUGUGGAAAUGUAAAUGUUUUAUUCAAAAGGCAUUUGUUCAUAAAAGUUACUGUGAGACGCACAUACAAAAUACCAUAAUCCUACAAGUAUGUAGCAUAAAACAGAUUUUGAUGUACAAUAUAACUCCGAUAUGACUUCAUUCUUUUGCCACUUGCAAAACGUUUCUUUUUUUCUUUUUUUUUUUUUAAGUGCAUGACUUUGUCUUAGUCUAUUCGUACACAGACCCGUUUGCAGAGAUUUCUCUCUAACGAGAGAAGAGCUCCUGUUGGCUGGAAAAGCACAAACAUUGAAGACACUGGGGCAGAAGUUAAUUUCACAACUGAAUUCCUUUUUAACCUGCUCAUUUUGCACAAUGGUGGCUUUUGUGUUAAUCUAGUCCAGACGAGGACGUGGAUAACGGAGACAUUUUGGCUGACACGUUCAGCUCAAAGAAUGUCACAUUGCUGAGUUGCAAUGAGUUGUAGUCACAUAAAGUCCUUACAUUUUUGGAGAAAAUAAUAAAUUUAAUAAAAAAAACUUUUCUGCUGCAGUUCAGAAAAUUACACUACAUGUUUGUUAUACCAACGAAGAUAGCGUACGGUCUUGUCUUUUUGUUUAAAGAAAAUAUAUUUUCUGUAACUUCAUGAGCCAUCUGAUAUGCUUAAUGUACAACUGCCUGUUUAUAUGCAAUAAUACUGUUUUAGGGUAAGUGUGAUGUAAAACAGUGGACACUUUGUCUCUUUAUGUAGAUAUCAAACAGGAUGUGAUGAAAUAAACAAUUCUUUUAGAUGUCUGAUUGAGACUCUUUCUUAUCAAGUGUGAAUUAUGUUUUUUUAAAUGAAAACCACUCCAGACAGCAGACAAGAUAACCCAGUUUACAGCAUUAAAAAAAUCAAAUAAUUUAUUUCUGUGUUCUUUUUCCACAUUAAAUAAAAGCUAUCGGACAUUUCCAGAUCAAAAUCAAGAGAGGGGACAGGGAAGAGGGACAGGGGAAAUGGAAAAUCUGACAUGCAAAAAAAACCUUUUGCUCUCCCCUUUUGCACGCUUCGUGGGUGGUGUUGGAGGCGGUGCUGGCCCACCCCGAAAAAAAAAUGCAGGAAGCCCCUGUGGUUGGCUAGUUGGUUGUAUGGACCACAGCUUUUUGUGGCACAGCCAAGACAAAUCUUGUUUAUCUGACCAACAAACUGGUUUCUGGGGGGGGGAAUUUAUGAUUGUAACACUCAAAAUGUAGGAUGGCAGAUGUCACCCCAGGUGAGGAAAGAGAAUUGGGGGGGGGGGUCGUGAUUGUUAGAAAAAGCCACCUGGAUACCGCAGUGUCGUCCAGGACGAGGAAGAAGAAAAACAAAAAAAGACUGCUUCUAACAUCUGUGAACACUGAACUGGCAUGUCAAGUCAAAACUUAUUCCAAAUGCAUUGUCAGAGAGAGAGAGCUGAGUAAAACUAUGCAACACGACAAGCCAUGGCUACAAACUGAUAUUGAUGACGAAGCCCUUCAGUCUGUGAUCAUAGUCUAAACAGAGCCCUUUGGCUCUUUGCGACAGGCUGUAAUGCCCAUACACCUAAUGGAACUGCCAGAGUUUCACAGGAGUAAAACAAAACAAAACAAAAAAAAAAGACCCUUUUCCUUCAAAAUCUAAAAACACCUCUUCAUACUGAUACACUGGUUUGAAAGCGUGAGAUUGGGUCAUUUUGUGAGGGGUUACCUAUCCUGUCCUUUUGUCCAUCAGUAGUGACUGUGUGAGGGAAGAAAAGGCCGGGACAGCGAUGGGACACAAGAAGAAGGAAAGCAAGUGUCCAACACAGAGACUGAAGAUUUAAAACCAGGGAGGAGUUUAGGAGGGUGAAAUCUGAACAGCGUCAGAUGAGCAGUAAUAGUCGGUGUUCGGUGGUCUAGAGCGUUUUCAUAUGACCGCUAUGAAGCGCUCAGAAUUCUCGUUACACCUUUGGAUGGGCCAAAGUAGCACAGAAAUUAAAAAAUAAAAAUCAAAUCUGACAAAUCAACCCAAACCGCCCCCUUCCCAACAGAUGAUUCACAAAAAAAAACAAAAACAAAAAAAAAACACAUGCUCUCAAUAUAUCCAUUGAAUAGAACAACACUCGUAUACAAAUCUGAAAAAAAAAAAGGUCAUCUGAUCCAUUGCUCCAUAUGCACAUAGACACAAACUUACAUACAUACACAGGCUGUUAUAUGGGUGGAAACUCUGUAAACAUCUAUGCUCCCUUUCAGUCCUGGGCUCCUCCUGGGAUGAAAAGGGGGAAAUAAACCGGAAACAUGAACACGGUCCUGUAGUGUCGUUCAUCGAUCUGACUACCGUGAAUGUUUCCUGGAGACAUUGAGUUUUGUUCUGUAGUCAAUAUUGUGUAGCAGAUUGUAACUCUGAUUUUUCAGCUGUGCUGCGUGGCAGUGUCUUUGCGGUGCUUUCUACUCUGAAUAUUGCAGGCAGGAUAAAAGCACACAGAUGCCCAAUUGCAUAAUUUGAGGCGCUACGAGGAAAAAAAAAAAAAAAAAAAAGUUACUUAAAAUUGCAUUCACCAGCUGUGAUAUAGGGCGUCUUUUAAUGUUUCAUUUAGGGUUUUAUCUCCCCUCAACUAUCACUCAAAGUGUCUCCUGCCUCUUCUACCGCAUAACUUGAAUCCUGGAAGGCUAAAAAACAAAAAGGGAUUUUAUUUUCCUUCCUAUUUUUCUCUUACGUCUGAAGCCAAACACCUUAAAAGGUGCUUUUUUUUUCUGUGCAGGGCCUCUGAAAGAAGAUAAAUUAUAGUCUAGCAGUACAGAUCCACACCGACACAUUCGUACAUACACAAACACACUGCAGCAAUUUUCAAAGAAGUGCAUCUGACCUUUGUUCAUUUUACUUUUUUUAAAGAAAUAAAAAAGCGGCUGAAGCAAACUUUCUUUGCCAUAUUUAGUGUGGAUUUGGAACGUCCGGGUGCAUCUAUGACAUGUUCCAUGCUGGAGGAUCUUAAGAUGUUAGCGAGGUUGGUUGUGCAUCGAGUUAGGGCACCUGGGAAGUGCAUUGUGGACUCAGCCGCUUACGCAGCAGCGUGAGGUUAUACAGGUGUAGACAAUCUAAAUAAACUGAAAGCGAACACAAGAAUAAAAUAUAAUCUGCUAAGAAUACUUGUCUAUUUUUCCUUUUUUUAUCAAGAGAUAAACACGCACGCACGCACGCACACACACACACACACACUCACAGCAUACUCAAACAGGAAUCCAGCAUGUAACACUUAGCGUCUGGUGUGGUGUCAAAGCGCAGGCCAGAACCGGACCGAGCCUGCCACGUGACGCGCGUUAGAGCGCGCAGAUCACUGCAGUUGUGGCCGAUUGCGUGCUUGAUGGACUGAGUGGCACUUGCAAUGAGGGGGUGAGUAAUCUUAGAAAAAAAAAAAGGAGCAAACUGAGAUGGUUAGGACACAUUUGAACACACCAUCGUUGGCAAGGAAGUCUCUUUGAGAGACACCAUUUUCUCCUUUGUGGGAACUUUGUAGCAGCUGGCAGUGCAUUUAGGGAAAAACAAGUUUAGAGAGGAAAAGUCCUCACCCAUACCUUUAGGGUUUGAUGAUGAGAUAUUUGACAGAUCCACCAGUUGGGCAACAGUUUGAGGCGCUCAUGGAGUGAUUUGUUUCGAUCAACGUGCUCUGCACCAAACACAGGGUCGGGGGUUUGGAUGGGUUAGCCUCAGACUGGGUUAAUCAACACGCGCUCUUUCACACUUUUUAACCCCCCUCCCACACACACAAAAAAAAUAAACGCAUGCAUAUCUUUACAGGCUUCAGUCCUGGAGGCUGAGGCAGGUGAUAGAUAGAAACAGCAGCAGGGAGCAGCUGCGCCCACUGGACAGGAUGAGAAACAAACAAACAAACAAAAAAAAA